AUGGUACACGCCGACUCAUCGACUUUCAAAGCCGAUAUCAGCAAAGCGGAAGCUUAUGCACAGGUUCUAGACGAAGCGAGGGGAUUAAUUGAUGGACAGAGGAAUUGGGUAUGUUUUCUUCUUUCUUCUUUUCUUUGGUUGGGGAUUGGGAUUGUCGAUAUUGAAGGAGCGAGUAAAUUUAAUUUAUCAAACACAGCGUCAUUAUUAUGGCAUGCAUAUAAAUCACUUCCCUCCCCCUCUUCAGAGGUAAACUGGGCCGGAUUCUACACCCUGGACCCCACAUCCACUCCCUCCAAGCCCUCCCUAAUCCUCGGUCCCUUCCAAGGAAAAGUCGCUUGUCAAACCAUCGCCUUUUCCCGCGGUGUAUGUGGUACCGCCGCUUCGACUCAGACGACGCAGCUCGUUCCCGAUGUGGAGAAGUUUCCGGGUCAUAUUGCAUGCGAUGCCGCUAGUCAGAGCGAGAUUGUGGUGCCGAUUGUGGUGGAUGGGGUGGUGAAGGCGAUUAUUGAUGUGGAUUGUGGGGUGAAGGAGGGGUUUGAUGAGGUGGAUCGGAAGUGGUUGGAGGAGUUGGCGGGGGUUUUGGCGGAGGGUUGUGAUUGGUAG